CAGGCAAUGGAAGACAAAACCCCUCAGUCCUCCACCGCGGCCCCUGCCCAGCCGGGCCACGCACCCGCCAGGCCGGUGGCCAGCACCCCGUCACCUGCAGGCGGCCCUUACCUGGACGUCUUCCUGCCCACCCGCUCCUGACCCUCCUGGGCGCCCUGCACCCCCAUCCCUGCAGGGGGCCUGUCCCCCGCCGUCCAGAUGCAUGACAGUCAGGGGCCCUCCCCGGGAACCAGGACCCACGUCACAGAAACUGUGGCCAGCCGGCCAAGGAGGCCGCUGGUGAGGGCGGGGGGCUGCAGGGAUCCACCCCCACAUGGAACAUGUGGGCACUGGUGGCAGGAGUGACCGAGAUCAUGUGACCCUGACAGGAUUUCCCCCGUGUCCACCCACCCUCCACCGUCAUCCCCAUUCGGAUCUGCCAGUGCCCCCUGACACGACAGCCUCCCCAUCAGACACAACAGCCCCCGCCAUCAGACACGACAGUCUCCCCCAUCAGACACAUUCGCUGGCCUCUUGACUCCAGGACAUUCUGAUGUGGACACGCUCACAGGAGCCUCAGCUUCCUGUAGCCCACCCGUGGCACCCCCUCCCCACUCCCUCCUUUGUGAGGGGCCCCAGGGAGAGGAGCUGGGGUGCCCCGGGGUCCCCACAGACAAGACUCCUGGACCCAGGGCCCACAACAGCCCCUGCCCAGGCCCGCUAGAGCGAGGGGAGGGACCGGGCUGUCCCCUCCCCCAGGGACGCACGUGCCCAAGGGCGGGGUGGCCGGCCCGGCUGGCGCCGCAGAUAUAAGUGGGCGGCCGGGAGUGGGUGCAGGAGCAGGGCACCCCGGGAGCAUGAGACUUUGCACCCGCGGAGCCGUCAUGACGGCCAGGGCUGCCCUCCUGGGGCUGCUGCUGACCGCCCUCCCUGCCCCCGGGCCCGCGGUGCCCACGGCGCCCGCCAGGGAGCGCAGCCCCCGGCACAAGCUGCUGCUCGUGUCCUUCGACGGCUUCCGCUGGGACUACGACCAGGACGUGGACACGCCCAACCUGGAUGCCAUGGCGAGGGACGGCGUGAAGGCCCGCCACAUGACGCCCGCCUUCGUCACCCUGACCAGCCCCUGCCACUUCACCCUGGUCACCGGCAAGUAUAUCGAGAACCACGGCGUGGUCCACAACAUGUUCUACAACCUGAGCAGCCGGGUCAAGCUGCCCUACCACCCAACGCUCACCAAGACCAGCUGGUGGGACAACGGCAGCGUGCCCAUCUGGAUCACCGCCCAGAGACAGGGCCUGAAGACCGGCUCCUUCUUCUUCCCGGGCGGGAACGUGACCUACCAGGGCGAGGCGGUGACGCAGAGCCGCCGGGAGGGCGCCCUGCACAACUACAAGGACGAGCAGGAGUGGCGGGCCAACAUCGACACGGUGCUGGGCUGGUUCACGCGCGACGGCCUGGACCUCGUCACGCUCUACUACGGGGAGCCCGACUCCACCGGCCAUAAGUUCGGGCCCGACUCUGAGGAGAGGAAGAGGAUGGUGGAGCAGGUGGACCGCACGGUGGGCUACCUGCGCGACCGGAUCCGGCAGGAGGGCCUGGAGCACAGCCUGAACCUCAUCAUCACGUCCGACCACGGCAUGAACACCGUCAACAAGACGGCGCCCGACCUGGUGGAGCUGCACAAGAUCGCCAACUUCAGCUUCCAGGAUAUCUACUUCGAGCUGGUGGACUACGGGCCCAACGGGAUGCUGUACCCCAAGGAGGGGAAGCUGGACGCGGUGUACGAGGCCCUCAAGAACGCCCACCCCAGACUCCACGUCUACAAGAAGGAGGCGUUCCCCAAGGAGCUGCACUACGCCGGCCACCCGCGGGUCACGCCCCUGCUGAUGUACAGCGACCCCGGCUACGUCAUCCACGGGAGGGUCAACGUGCAGUUCAACAACGGGGAGCACGGCUUCCACAACGACGUCAUGGACAUGAAGACCAUCUUCCGGGCCGUGGGGCCCAGCUUCAAGCAGGGCCUGGUGGUGGAGCCCUUCGAGAGCGUCCACGUGUACGAGCUCAUGUGCAAGCUGCUGGGCAUUGUGCCCGAGCCCAACGACGGAGCCCUGUCCACUCUGCUGCCCACCCUGCGCUCGGGGUCCGCCCUCCUGCCCAGGGGUCCUGCCCCACUGGUGACCGUGCUGCUGGUGGCCCUGGUCCUGGUCCAUGUGGCCAUGUGAUGUCCUCAUUCAAGGCCCCUCUCCCGGGAAGCCACGCCGGGCCUGCGCCUGCACCCGGCUCCCCGCACCCAGCCCUCGGCGCCCCGCCCGCCCCCUGCGUGCUGACCACGCCCUGCACCCACCUCCGCGUGUUGGCCCCGCCCCUGGGACAGACCACGCCCCGCCCUGCGCGCUGACUCCGCCCCCUCGCGCUGGCCCCGCCCCCUGAACCCAUCUGGCACCAGACCCGGCUCGGACAGCAGCGUCCCCUGCUGGUCCCAGGGAGACCCACUCCCCACCCACCAGGACAGC